AUGGGUCUCAUUUUUCAAGCAGAUGUCGGUCAGUUGCUAAAUAUAGAUAUAAGGUUGAGCAUCAACCAAUUCUCUCCUUAUCGACCUCAAGCUAAUGGUGCACGUGGAAGCCGCGAAUUAAAGGAGAUUAAGAGAAUACUGUCCAAGAUGUGCGAAAGGUAUAGAAGCUGGGCUAGAAACUUCCUUUUGGCACUUUGGGGGCUCGCACUACAUUCAAGUCAGUCAAAUGAAGCUUCUUCCCUUGAGCUUGUAAUAUGGGAUGGAAAGCAGUAUUACCCUAUAGAGCUCAGAAAAGAAGUCUCUCAGGGUUCUGUGGAAGCUGAUAUCCACUUGUUAAAGGCCGGAUCUGUUGAAACUGGUUUAGUUGCUCCACCAUUAAGGUAUCCCUGCAAACCUCUAGCUUCAAUGAAUAAUAAACAAGACCGAGACCAAGCCAGCACAAUCUUUACACUAAUUAGGAAUAAACCUAAACUAGGAAGCACAAUAUUUAAUUUGAAUCACAAAGAUUUCAACAAUUACCUAUUUGCAAUUCAAUGCCAGGAACCACCUUUACAAUUGUCCAUCGAUGACUCAUCGACCUCUGAGAUUGAAGAAGACACUGAUGGCAUUUGGAGUAUCGUUGGUGGCAAGGCAUCUUGUCGUAGGAUUUUUUCUAUAGAUGUUGUUUUAUCAAAUGCAAUUAGCCAGUCCAUAAAUAAUGAAGUGGAGCUGCUUUUAUAUGCGGACAAUGGCUUACCUUUAGAGAAGACAUCUGAUGCUGAAGCUCCACUUUUGAUAAGCUAUGACGGGAUUGAAUUUGCUUCUUCUGAUAGGCCAAGUAAAUUGUUGCAUGGCCGUGCAUCCUUUAAGCUCAAAAUAUCUCAGGUAGUGAAAAGUAGCUUCUGGCUUUCUGCUGAAGGAGGUUUGCAGCCCGCCUCUGACAGAAGAUCUUUUGGAAUUGCAAAUGAGGCAUCAAUAAGAUUGCAAAGGGAUGAUCAGGUAGAAGGGACCGGAUUGAUAGUAGAAGGGACCAGAGUUUGGAAUUCAAUCUCACAAAACAACCAUGCUGUUCAUUGGGAAAAUGUGGUUUUUGAGAUUGAAGAGCAAUUCCUGAAGAUUGCUUGCUGCAAUAGUAGAUCACUUACAGAACAGGACUUUGAGAUUCUAAGGAGAAUUGCUGGAUGCCGAGAGUAUAUUGCCCAAGAAAACUUUGAGAAGAUGUGGUGUUGGCUGUACCCCAUUGCUUUUACACUAUCAAGAGAUUGGAUAAACACCAUGUGGAGUUCAAUGUCUCCAAAGUGGAUAGAAGGAUUUAUUACUAAGGAAGAAGCGGAAUUAUCACUACAAGGUCCUAGGGGCCUUCAAGAUCCUGGAACUUUUGUUCUGAGGUUUCCCACUUCAAGGAGCUGGCCCCACCCAGAUGCAGGUAGCUUAAUCGUGACUUAUGUUGGCACCGAUUGUACUGUUCACCACAGGCUUCUUUGCCUUGAUUAUAUCUAUAGCUGCGAGGAAAGUCAAAUGAAUAUGAGAUCGCUACAAGAUAUGCUAUUGGAAGAGCCUGAGCUCUCUCGACUGGGAAGGAUAAUAAGAAGUCACUAGCUUGUCUGAGAUGCUGGAGUAUCCUUUUUCUGCUUUUCAUUUCCGGUCAGUCAUCAUCUUUGUUUACUACCACCACCACCAACACCUACACCCACCUAACUUCCGCCGGGUUUUGUUUGGCAAUCUCCAAUCCCCCUCUUUCUAAUCUUUUUGGUGUAGCUGGCCUUUUAUGAAUUACGAUGUAUAUAUGUAAUCUUUUCAUCACAUCAAAUACAGUUGAAAAAAAAUAUUGUCUAACAUUAGUUUAGGGCUUUUUGUAACUAUAAGUUAUCUAUUCAAAGAGUUUGACGAAAAGAGAGCAUUAAAAGCAAUUUUUCGCGCAAA